AUGUCGACCAUGGAAAUUGAAGAACCGCGAUUCAGGCCAGUCAAGAGAAGAAAAUUCCUGCGCAAACGCCAUGAAGCAUCGCCAGACGCACCUCAGCCACCACAACAAUCCCCAGAUCCUGAGGUCGUCUCCUACAGCCUCCCCGCAGGACAAGACAGCGCAGGGCCAGAAACCCAUCCAAAUGAGCCCCAGGAAACCGACAUUGGCAUUACAGACAUAUUCCGUCGUCGAAAAGCUCUCAAAACUCGAAGGGGCGGCGUCGAGUUUACCCCCGCGUCCAAACCAGCCGCUGAUGACCAUGGCGAAUCUCUACAAGAGGCUGAUUCUGCCACCCAGGACCCCGAAGAUACGGUUAUACGACGUAUCUCAGAUCGCUUCGUUGCCCAUACAGGCCAGAAGGUAGAUAUGGAUAAGCAUAUGAUGGCGUAUAUAGAGUCAGAGAUGGCUAAACGUCAUCAGAUAUACAACUACAAUGCCAACGCCUCUGGUAGUAAUGAACAGACAUCCGAAUCCACCGCGCAGAGCGGUCUCAUUCGUCCUAUGUCAGAUCUCCAGCUUCCCCAACGCCAGCCAGCUUCUUUGGGCAAACUGCAUGAGAUCGACUUGGGGCCGGACGCCAAGCUGCGUAACAUCGAAAGAACUGAAGCAGCUACGAGAAGGCUUGCGGGUGACGAGGUACCUGACGAGGAUGAGGAAGAGAAGAAUGCCGGUUCGAAGAAAACCCGACCAGGUGUCAAGGAUGCAAAGAAUUGGCGUGGUAGGAAGAGGCGCAAUAGCGAAGAUAUCCGGCGAGAUAAGCUUGUUGAGGAGGUUCUUCGGGAGAGUAAACUCGACGUCUACGAUGAGCCCGAAGUUGUCACUGAGCAAAAUGACGACCAGGCAGCAGACGACCGCAUCGCAGAGAAGUUCCGUCGUGACUUUUUGGAUGCCAUUCAUUCCCGACGUCGUGGGGCCCGACCUAAGACUUCCAAGACCACCAAGCCCGAUAUUUUACGCGGUCCGAAGCUUGGAGGAAGCAGAAGUGCUCGUGCGAUGAUGCGGGAGAAGGCCGCCGCGCAAAAGCAAUGA